AUGGCGCCUUCGGUCGAGCCCCAGAACGGCGCUCCACGCAUCGAGAACGGCGUGGCUCCGGCGCAAGACUCGACCAAGGGGCUUCCCAUCCGCACCGCCAGCAGCAAAACCAUCCCGCCGCCAGGCCAGACCCUUACCGGGAAGCAGGAACACUACCUUAAGCGCGAACUGGUCUCGGAGCAGGUCAAGCGCGAGAUCGCAGAGCUCAACUCCCCAACCGCGUUGCGCCGCUUUGGCGCCCCCUUCAAGUCAGAAUUCGGCGAGGUCUCCCCUCUCGACUCGGAGCUCCCCAUAUUGCGCUACAUCUUUGUUCACCAUGUCCGCGAGUUCCCGUUCCUCGACAAGGCCAGGGAGAAGGAGUUUUGGCAGGAUAAGCUGCAAGUGUUCCUCGAAUCCUUUGCGAGCAAGGGUAUAUCCUCCUCGGAAGACCGCCUGGAGGAGACGAAGCGCCGCAAGCUCGCGCUCAAAGCGCAGAAGCUCGUGGAGCUGAUGAUAGUGUCGGGCGUCCGAACUUCUUCGGGUUUCGAGGAGAGAAUAAGAUUCUCAGAGCUCGAGAUCGUGGACAGAGAUGCCAUCGACACCGGUGUGCUGGCGUCCAUGCCCGAGGGUAACUACCUGAACGGCUGGGACGCCAACAUCUGUGCGGUGCGCAUCACGUCUGUGAAGAGGAACAUCAGGCAUCACAAGCACUCGGAAUUCAUCCUCAGGAUAAAAAGGAAAGGGGAGCUGGAGUACUUUGUUGCUAGACGCUAUGGCGACUUCGUCAAGCUCCGCAAUGAUAUCCGCACAGAGCUCCCCGGCAAAGUCUUGCCGCCCAUCCCCAGGAAGAACAAGAGCAACUCGUCCGCAUUCCUUGGUGGCCUCCUGUCCAAGGACGACGAUGACCGGUCAUCAGUCUCGUCCGUGUCUACACAAUUAACGGGCAAUGCUAGCUACGAUGGGGUCAAGACAUUGUCUGUCAACCGUAUCAAAGACCACCGUAGGACAGGAUCUGGAUCUAGCAGAGCCUCCCCGCGGCCAUCGAUGGACGGCCGUUCCACGGAUGGCCGUAACAGCCCCGGGAUGAAGCCGGAUGGAAAUGUGCUGUUGUUCCGAGAGAACCAGCGCGUGUCUCUCCGGGCAUUUUUGCGAUCGCUGCUACAUAACCCCCAGCUGGCCACAACCAAGGCCAUGCAGGAUUUCUUGACGCACGACCCCAUCACGCCCAAGGAUGAGGAUGUCGUGGACAUCAUGCGGCGUAAGGAGGUGGACGAGAAGCGUGUGGUGGAACAGAAGAAGUUCUACGAGAUAGCGCGCAAGCGCGCCGCAGACCUGGAUGUCUACAUGGAGCAGUUCCGUCAGGAUAUUGUCGAGCGGAAUGGCCUGACCAUGCUGUUUCAGGAGAUCAAAGAGAAGGAGACGAUCCAGGACCUCAGCAUCCAGUAUCAAAAAUUCGCCGAGUGGCUUCGCAUCGAGGUUGCAGCUACCAUCUACCACCUCUUCCUGGCCGAGGACAACUCCCCCGAGCUGUUUGCCCAGGCCAAGCGGGUCCACUCCCUCAUGCCGUAUACGCUCAUGAAGAACGCCAUCCGCAUCGCGAACCCUGCCGCUGUCAUGUCGGGCAUCCUGGACAUCUUCCUAGCACAGCCGUUUGGGGCGCGGUCUCUCCUGCAGCGCAUCUUUACAAUGACCCUGAACGACGGAAUUCGCAACUUCCAGCGGGCGAUAGAUCAACUGGCUGAGAAGGUUGGCGACGCGGUCUUCGCCGAAAAGAUCAAGAAGUUCUCCGAGGCGGAAGAGUAUGUCAAGGUGGCCAUCCGGGAGGAGGCGGCGGCCGAUGAUGUCGACAUAGUCGUCGCGAUUCUCCGUUCCGAGUUCCUCGAACCGAGCUUGACGGCCGACCAAAUCGGGCGGCUUUACAACGCAUACGUCGCGUUCAAUAGCGCCGUUGAGAAUGUGGACGAUGAGCUCAAGCAGGGCGCACAGCUCUUCUCGUACCUAAAGCAGCUCCUGAAGCUCCAGCUGAGGCAGCGGGACAAGGAGAUGAUGCUGCACCUGAUCGAGGAGCCCGUGACGCUCCAGCUCUUCAGGGAUCUUUUCACCAUAUUCUACGAGCCGCUUGUGCGGGUCUAUAAGUCUGCCAACGUUUACAAUAGCAUCACCGACUUUGCUGUCUUCAUCGAUGACACUAUCCAGGUUGUGGAGCAGUGCCGUGAGCAGGACGCUUCAGCGGACCCUAACCAGACCGUCCAGGCCUUCAUUGACUUGUGCCAGCGCCACGAGCACAACUUCUACAAGUUCGUUCACGAGGUGCACACGCACGAUAACGGGCUAUUCACCCAGCUCAUGGGCUGGAUCGAGGGAAUCCUCGAGUUCCUGCGACACGGGCCCAAGAAUGGCACUCUCGACGUCAACGCGUUGUUCGAGGGUGGCAUCAGCAUGAACGUCGUGGACAAGGAGAAGGCAAUCGCCGAGAUCGAUCAGCUGAUCGGGUGGCAGGAGGCGCGGAAAAAGUGGCACCAGGACAAGACGAGGCAGAAGAUGGCGGCCGAGGGCGGCGGCGCACCCGGCGUCGACGGCGUGCCCGUCGGGUUCAAGUCCAGCGACUUUGGGCUCGACCAGAUGGACCUCCAGGACAUGGCCUACGAGGACGAAUCGGGCUCGGACGACGAGGAGGAGGCUGAGAUCCAGGAUGACCUGGAUCCCAUCGAGGCCGAGAGGCGGCGUCGGGCGAAGCAACGAGACCGCCUCAGGCGCCGCGCCGGCGAGCCUGAGAAGCCAGACAUCGCCGAGGUGCACAAGCUGAGGGAAAACUUCCUCUCGAUGCUGAGGAUAGUGCUAGCCGAAUGA